GUAUUUGCGAAAGAUUCGGACAAUAAAACUUCGACUAAAAGGCAGAAUAUCCCCAAAAUCAUUCAAUAUAAUAAAUUAAUGAAUAAACUCCACUGAAAUAUCUAUCCCAUAUCUCUUAGUUCGCACAGCUCGUAUCUCGGGAGUCCCGUCAGAUCCGCCGCGACCGCCGCGCCGAGCGCGCGUAGUGAGUGUGUGUGUGGGACUGUGCGUGGUUUACGGAUUGCGAGCCGACCAGAGGAUCAUCUCUCAAAAGGUACAGAUAGAUUUACAAGUGCCAGCAUCGAAAAUCAUCAACUAUUAUCGUAGCUCAAGAGCAUCACUUCAAAGCUGACAAAUAUAGUGUAAUUAAACACACCGAGCGAGGCCUUCCAGUGAGACGAGGCAGGCAGUCAUCAUAAGUUACAAUCUUUCAUGAGGUACUAAGACGGUAUCUCAGCAAUGACGAGUGAAGCGACUUGAUUUCUUCAACAAUUGCAAAACUACUCGGAAGUUCGUACGAAGCGCUCUCGUAGCGCGGCGGGAGCGGGCGCGGCAGCGACAGCGGGCGCGGCAGCGGGCGCGUGCCAUGCCGCGAUGAGCGGCGACGGCCGCAACGGCACCAACGGCACGCUCGAGUGCGACUCGGACGCCGACGUGUCCGAGUCCGACAAACUGUUCCGAUUUGUCGUGCACGGCGUGCUGCUGAAUGUGGUAGGCUGUGGGGGGCUGCUGGGCAAUGCGCUGUGCGUGGCCGUGCUCAGCCGGCCACAGAUGCGCUCAUCGAUAAACUGCCUGCUGGCCGGGCUCGCGGCCGCCGACGCAGCCCUCCUGGUGGCCAGCGUGCUGCUGUUUGGGCUGUCGGCCGUGUUCCCGUACACGGGCCGCCUGCGCUACUACUACUACCACAUCUGCCCGAGGCUCGCCCCGCUGGCGUACCCGCUGGCGCUGGUGGCGCAGACCAUGUCGGUGUACCUGACGCUGGUGGUGACGGCGGAGCGCUGGGUGGCGGUGUGCCGGCCGCUGCGCGCGCGCGCGCUGUGCACGCCGCGCCGCGCCCGCUUCGCUGUCGUCGGUGUCGCUAUAUUCGCGUUUGCCUAUAACGCGCCCAAGUUUCUUGAGGUGGAAGUGGUUCGCAUCCCAGCGCUGGGCGAGGGCGCGGACAACGAGGAGGACGCCAUAUACUGCGUGGCAGCGGCCGAGUUCCGCAGCGAGCUCUACGUGGCCGUGUACGUGCACUGGCUCUACCUACUCGUCAUGUACGCCGUACCCUUCACCGCGCUCGCGGUGCUCAACGCAGCCAUCGUGCGACAGGUGAACACUAGUGAUACGUCACACCUACAGCGGCCAGCCCUACGUGGCCGUGUAUACGUGCACUGGCUCUACCUGCUCGUCAUGUACGCCGUGCCCUUCACCGCGCUCGCCGUGCCCAACGCGGCCAUCGUGCGACAGGUGCGUCGCGCGCAAGCGGAGCGGGCGCGGCUGUCCCGCUCGCAGCGACGCGAGCUGUCGCUCGCCACCAUGCUGCUGGUCGUCGUGCUGGUCUUCUUCCUCUGCAACUUGCUGCCGCUCGUCACAAACUCCUUCGAGGUGUUUCUUGGUUCGGAGCUGGAACGGCUGGACGCGCUGGUGAAGACCUCCAACCUGCUCGUAACUAUCAACUCCUCUGCCAAUUUCCUCAUCUACGUGCUCUUCGGCGAUAAGUUCAAGCGCGUUUUUCUCGCCACGUUCUGUCGGCCGGCGCUGGCCUGGCUGCCGUGCAUCCGCCGGCGCGAGGAGUCGCCCGAGAACACUAGAGACGACUCCUGCGCGUCGGGCCCCGAGAGGCUGAGCCUCCGCGUGUCCCUGGCCCGGGACACGACCCUGCGCCGCUCGGGCCCGCGCCGGCCGCGCCCGCGGCGCCCGGAGCCGGCGCCGACCGUGUACUACCCGGCCACGCCCUCCUCCUCGAUCACGACCCUCCCCAACGACUUGCCGCAUAACGGUCACGCGCGUGACCACUUCUAGACUGUGCUCAAGUGUUAGAGACGGCGCUUUGGCGCUGGGACUCUUUAGUAAUGUUAUCUGUGAUUCGCUGUACGCGUUUUAGAACGAGAUUGUCUCGGUUAAAAUAAAGGUUCAUCGAUGUA